AUGGGGUCUCGAACGACCACGCUUAUGGUGGUCGUCGUUGGCUUUUUUAUGCUGUAUCUGUACUUUCAAUACGCUGCAGAAGCUCAGUUUCGAUUUUCUAUAGGGAUAAAACAAAAGGAACAUUUUGAGCAUCCUACUGACCCAGGUAUCUCUGCAAAGAAGCAAGAUUUCAAGUCUCCAGAGAAAGGGGAGCAGGCAGAAAGCAAACGGCUGCCGACGCCCCCGGGCACCUCAUGUCCACCGUGCCCUAAGGUUCCUCAGGUUUCAAAUUACAAAAGCCAAUUUGCCGUACAGAAUACGCUUACAGCCCGUUUCAACGAACUUACCAUUGCGAAGCAUCCUACCUAUGGAACCUGUCUUCUAACAAACUCAUCAUCCACGCCUGUGACUUGCUCAUCGGAUGAGCAUAUUCAUUAUGAAGCUUUGGUGCAUCCCGCGCUAGUUCUUCACCCGUUUCCGCGGCGGGUUCUAGUAGUAGGAGGCCUUGUAGAGGCGCCAAUUCGAGAGGUGCUGAAACACUUCUUGGUUCGCGAAAUAACCUGGGUAGAUCAGAAGGACCUGAUAGAAGGACCCAAAAGAUUUCUCCCCUCGGAAUACGCGUAUGAGGACCCUCUGAAUCGUGUAGAGGUUGAGAAUAUGGCUGGCGCAGGAUAUAUGCGAUAUGUGGAUAACGCCAACCGCCAUUAUGAUGUGAUUAUCAUCGCCGAUGAUGCCCGGCAUGUCCAGCGGGAGAACCAUUGGAAAGGAGCAGCUUCAAUGGAGAAGCGAGCAGAGGUCAUUGAAGCCGCGCAGGCAGCCCUAAAAGCAGGAGGUGUAUUGGCCGUCUUCAGUGGAGAAAUUGAGGGACCCGCCUGGGAAGAUCGGAGACUCCUUCGUCGAUACUUUCCUCGAGUAUUCCUCGGAACUCGUUAUGUCCCCUCUGUGGGUGCCCCGGUGGCAUAUUCUUACGCAACUAGAUCAGAGGCGCCUCCCGACCCAAGAAUGCUGGCACCCGAAUAUAUCGACGCCCGGCUGCGGCGCACGACCAUUGGAGGUACUAGAAGCUACGAUGGACUGACGCAUUUGCAUAUGUUUGCAUUGACGAAGGAUAUGCGUGAUGAGAUUGACAAGGAAGAUCUGAAGGCUAGGGAAAAAUCUGCUGCAACAAUUGUUGUUGGAGCAACGCCAUCGGAGCUGCUGCAUGCACCUUACAAGGAGGAGCCAUUCUUGGAUCCUGUAACUCAAGGCGACACCAUAACACGGGAAUUUUAUGGUUGUGCUAAUGAAGCCUUCAAUAUGACGAAUCUGAAGACUAUCGUAGAAGGCGCCGUAGAAAAGAUGAAUGGACGUCUUGUGUUUCUGAACGCAACCGAGGUGAAGGAAUUCAAGAACAACACAGGUGCAACCAAACCGAUUCCAAUGCUCUCCGUGGUAGCAAUGACGGAGGGAGGGAGCAUCACUCUGCAUGCGUGGCCAAGUUACCAGUACGCUGCGGCGGAUGUGACCAACUUCAACAACUGGGCAGUAGGAGAGGAGGCUAUGAAUCACAUUUUUAAUGAACUUGAUGCCACAAAAAGCAUCGGCUCAACUUCUCUACGAGGAAGUCUCACACGCUUUGCGUCUGCACCUAUUCUUGACCAUGUCAAAUAUCCCACUCCAUAUAAACAAAACCCGAAAGUAGAGUUUCGAAUCUCACCCACAGCGGGAUCCGGAAAUUUUGCCAGGGAACCCAUCAUGAAGGGAGAGAUAAUUUUCGAAGGUCCUAUUGAAACUUAUUUACUGACUAAGGAAGAGAUACGAGCGAAACCCGAAUGGUUGGAGGAGUUCAUGAUGCAUUAUGGAGAGCAGGCUGAGGAUGGGAUCUUUGUGGGGCCACCCUACGCGGAUCUCGAUGCGUCGUACUUUACAAAUCAUCAUUGCGAUGCUAAUCUUUGGUACGAAGAUUACGAUAUCAUGGUGGCAAGACGAGAUAUUGCCAUUGGCGAGGAGCUUAACUUUGAUUAUGGAACGAUAUAUAGUGAUCCUGAGAUUUUGGACAUCAAUCCUUGCCAAUGUGGGGCACCGAACUGUCGUAAACACAUCACCGGUAACGACUGGAAGAAAGCAGACGUGCAGAAAAUGCAUGGCCUGGAGCAUUUCUGGCCGCAUAUACAAAAGAAAAUCAUCAAGACUUCGAAAUUGCGGAAACGUGAAACACUUGCGGAACUGUAG